AAAGGGAAUAAAAGAACAAACGCCAGUUUGACAUCUGUAAAACAUUUGUUCUCUCAAAGUUGAGAUUUCCUCUGUCAACUCCCAGAGUGCCGAUUCUCGAAACAUAUUUUUCCUGGCUAGUAGUGGAAAUAUAAACAGUCGUUUACACAUCAUAUCAGUGGCAAUAUAGGCUACUAAGAUAUACACCAUGCAUGUCAGUGGUGUGCAUUUGUUGUUUUGCCUUCUCCUCGGGCAAUCCACAUUCCAACAGACCUCAUCUGAGAAAAAGGGCGGAAAGAAAGAUGCUGAAAAUAAUGCUGCCAUUGAGGAGCUGAAGAAACAGAUUGAUAACAUAGUGCUGGAGUUGAAUCUAUUGAAAGAGCAGCAAGCCUUGCAAUCAGUUUGCCUGAAAGGCAUCAAGAUUAUUGGCAAGUGUUACCUGGCCGACGCCGCUAAGAAGAUCUACCACACAGCCUACGAUGACUGCAUUGCUAAAGGGGGCACAAUCAGCACCCCUUUGACAGGGGACGACAACGAUCAGCUUGCUGACUAUGUCCGCCGGAGCAUCGGCCCUGAGGAACACAUAUGGCUGGGCAUCAAUGACAUGGUGACCGAGGGGGAAUGGCUCGACCAGGCGGGCACCAACCUGCGCUUUAAGAACUGGGAGACUGACAUUACCAACCAACCAGACGGUGGACGUACCCACAACUGUGCCAUCCUUUCCACCACUGCCAAUGGAAAGUGGUUUGAUGAGAGCUGUCGUGCUGAGAAGGCGUCUGUCUGCGAGUUCAAUAUCGUCUGAGAGCCAACUACUUUUGUUCUGUUGUAUCAGUCUUAACAUCUACACUAUAUGGAAAUAUAAUGCAUGCACAAUAAUCUUUGUAAUAUCUGUAUUAUAACCUGUCUCAGCACUGAAAUGUGGAACCAACAUGAUUAAAAGUAACCUAUACUACACGAAAAAAUCCAUUGCUGCACUGUUUAUACAUGAAUAUUUUGUGUGUUUUAUUAGGAUCCCCAAUGGCGACAGCUAGUCUUACAGGGGUCCGACAAAAAAUGAAAAAGACAUUACAGAAAAAAUACUUUACAAUUUACAUGCAUA